AUGCCACGACCGCGCAGCCUGUCAGCGGUCAUCUUCCUGGACAAGAAUGCAGAGUACAACGGUGCCUUGAUGGUCAUCCCAGGCUCUCACCGCAGCUACUUGCGCUGCCCGGGCCGACAAACGGCUGCCAACUGGGAGAAGUCCUUGCAGUCCCAGGUCUACGGAACCCCAUCGGAGGAACACAUCCGAGCUCUGGCAGAAUCCUUGGGCAUCAAGCAUUGCACCGGACAUCCCGGGGACGUGGCCUGGCAUCCCGGGGACGUUCUCCUCUUCGAUUCCAAUUUGCUCCACGCAUCGAGCGGCAAUCGCUCGCCUUUUCCGCGGCGGAACCUGUUCGUCGCCUUCAAUGCGUGGAGCAAUCGCCUACAAGCACCCUUUUAUUCAGAGGAGCAGCGCCCUGAGCAUGUCGCGCACCGGGAACGAGUUCAGCGCUUCCAGCGCUGA